AUGGCAGAAGCGGCUGGACUUACACUUGGUGCUCUCGGCAUCGCUGCACUCUUCAACAACGCCCUUGAAUGCUUUCAGUGCGUUCGUGUAGCCAAAGAUUUCGGCCAAGACUUCGAGACAUACCGCAUCAGGCUCCAUCUAUCCGAGGUUCGGCUCUCUCAUUGGGGCAGUGCCGUGGGUGUUACAGACACGGACGCUGAAAUCCCUCUCCAUUUCUCUCCGGACGAGCAAGAAGUUGCGCAACAGACGCUUGAGCAUAUCAUCAAGCUAUUUCAGGUAACGGAAGAAAAGGCCAAAAACUUGGAGAGAAGAUCAUCGGAACCUGAACUCAGCGAUCGCAUGAGGAAGUUGUGUGAUAAGAUGAACAAGCUGGCUCUGGGGAGAACGAACAAAGCAUCCAAGACGAACGACGGCCUGUACACCAAAACGAAAUGGGCGCUGUUCUCUCGCGACGGUUUCAUUAAGCUCGUUGAGUCUAUUUCCAGUCUAGUCAACGAGCUCAUAGCCGCUUUUCCAGAUGAUAUCAAGGAGAAGAGGGAGCGACUGUGCAACGAAGACGUAGAGGAGCUUGUUGCGAAUGAACCGGAACUCUCAGUUCUGCUGAAGGAUGCUUUGGGCGAGGAUGACGAACAGAUGCAAGGCGCAUUACAGAAGGCUGUUGCUGCGACACAUCAGAAUACCACUACGUUCUCUGGUUCUGGUGAGAAUAGAGGGCUGCAACUAGGUCAGAAUUAUGGUUCGAUGACGAACACUUUUGGUAGAUAA